AUGGAGGAAUUCCUUUGUGCACACAUACAUUGUUUCAAAGAUGAAGGAAGUCAUGGAGUAAUAUUAUUUCUAUACAGUGUGCUUUUCUCCCGAACAAUUUUAAGGGUUAACCAUGACUCAGACCACACAACUACUCAUCUCUUGCAUUUUUGUCUGGGGAAUUACACAGUCAGACAGGCUGUGUUAAACCUGAUUUUAACAGGGAGAGCAAGCCCUCAUGUCUUUAAUGGGGACCAAGUCCUGGAGGAACAGAAGCUGGAGCAGGAACUUCAUGGAGUCCUAACACGCAGUGAUGUAGGCUACUUACACUGGAGCAGGGAUGAAAUGGAACAGCACAAACUUCCCCAGGUGGGAAGCAUGCUGAAGACUCCAAAAUAUCCUAUUUGGCUGUGUAAUAUAAAUGGAACAUACAGUGUCCUGUUUGGGACAAAUGCAUCUCUCUUAUGUGACUGGAAAAUGGAACACAUAUUUGACCUUUAUUUCUACAAUGGGCAGCUUUCUCAGACCAAAACUGUGCAUUUGACAGUUGACACCCACUCACACCCAUGGGAAGGUCGCUAUAAAGCAGAAGAGGGUGACCAAGAGAAAAGAUUUCCCUCUCUGGAGAUGACUGUCAGAACCAAAUGGGAAGGAGCAGCUAUUAACUGGAAUGGAACUGUACCAUUUUUCUAA